AUGUCACAGGGCUCUGAAGAGGACUACAGCCCCAGAAUGUUUUGCAGUUUGACAUCGCUUACAUGGGCCAAAGGGUACAGGCAGGUUGAAGUGCUCAUGCUUACUCUGUAUUCACAUCCCGUUAUGUAUGCUUUGGAGGACUUGAUAUGCUUGUCGGACAAUGGACUAGACACACCUAAUUUUUUCAAUUACACAGAAGCCAACUGCACAAAGGUGGAGUUGGGCUUUGUGCUCUUUGCUGUGACUGUCCUGGGAGUACUGUUCUUCAUGCUGGUGGUGUUGGUCCAUAACAUCACACUUGGCUGGCUGUCGGAGGCCAUGCGAUCCAACACCAGGGGGCGCUACCACUAUGAUGCGUUUGUCUCCUAUAGCGGGAAGGACGAGCGCUGGGUGGUGAAGGAGCUGCUACCUAACCUGGAGCAGAGGGGUCCUCCUUUCCUGCGCCUCUGUCUGCACAGCAGGGACUUACAGCUGGGGAAGGACAUUGUGGAGAACAUCACAGACAGCCUUUACCGGAGCCGCCACACCCUCUGCCUAGUCAGCCGCCACUACCUGCGCAGUAACUGGUGCUCCCUGGAGAUGAAGCUGGCCACCAACAGGCUGCAGGUGGAGCAAAGGGACAUCCUCCUCCUUGUCUUCCUGGAGAAGAUCCCCCCUCGCCGGCUUUCUGCCCACCACAGGCUGGCUCGCCUGGUGAAGACCAGGACCUAUCUGGACUGGCCCCAGGACCCCAAUCAGCACCAGGUAUUCUGGGACAGACUGUGGGCUAAACUGAAACCUCUGUCUGAAGCGUGAGGUCAGAGGUUGAUGUACUGUAGGACAUUGUGGACUGAAAUGUGACAUCAGAGGUUAAUGUAGGACAUUGUGCUAAUGCAGAUGUAAUGUUGAGGUAUGGCAUUUGUCGUUUAAAGUGCUCCGUACAAAUGUCAACCACUAUUUGAGAUUUGUUUUGACAAUUCUGGUGAAGUCCUUUUAAAUAUUCUACCUGGAGUGUACGUUUUCUGAUUCUUCUGAAAUUAUCAAUCCUAUUUCAACUUCUUAGAAAAAAAUUCAAUGCAUUUUUUUUACUUCCCCAAGUUUGACCAGAUUCUGUUUGUAUUUUUCAACACCUAAUCGCUAACACAUAUCUUUGCUUGUAUAUGUGUUGCUAAGAGGAACUGAAAAAGGGUGGGAUUUAGCUCUGUUUCUGUUUUAAUUCAGAUAACAACUACUGUAUGCUGUUGUGAAUAACAAUACAUGCAUGACCAAACAUGAUGAUGCAGUUAUUAAUGAAAAUACAUGAAUGACCAAUGACCAUGAAGCAGUUAAUAAUGACAAUACAUGAAUGACCAAUGACCAUGAAGCAGUUAAUAAUGACAAUACAUGAAUGACCAAUGACCAUGAAGCAGUUAAUAAUGACAAUACAUGAAUGACCAAUGACCAUGAAGCAGUUAAUAAUGACAAUACAUGAAUGACCAAUGACCAUGAAGCAGUUAAUAAUGACAAUACAUGAAUAACCACGAAGCAGUUAUUUUUAUUUCAAAAUCUAUCAUAGAGUUUUGUACAGAAAUGUAGUUGCUAAUUGUUUAACUAAAUGUGUUGCUAGUUGUUUAACUAAAUGUGUUGCUAGUUGUUUAACUAAAGGUGUUGCUAGUUGUUUAACUAAAGGUGUUGCUUGAGUGUAGCCUGUAUAUAGUUCACCACACAUGUAUUUGAUACAUGUCUUAACUCAUGGGCGGGUGUAGGUGUAGCCCUUUCUGGAUAAUGAAGUAAUGUUUGUGAGUUGGAGGGAACCUAAUUUUAUUGUGUUAUUUCAUUAUUGUUUUUGCUUUUGAUAAAGGCAUACAGCCGAAAUGUUGGAAACUGGCUUGUGUUUCUGUUUUUAAAUAAAAAGCUCUAUGUCCCUGCA